ACGAACCGUCAAUGUGCUCGUUUAGUGUUAGUUAUACAUACCGGCGACUGAGCAUGUGAUGUUUUCAUACACUAACAGUUAUUAUUAAAACAAUAUUUAUUUAAAACGUUCAAAAUGAUUUGUCGGAAUCUAUUUUCUUUUGUUGUGUGUUCUGUUAUAAUAAGUUCAUCGCUGUCGGCCUCCAGGAUAAUAAAAGAAUCGCAUAGAAAUGCACGCUUGAAGAGAGUAAGUCCAGAAAAUAUGGCUGCGUACGGUUUCCGCACGCAGGACCGGAGGGACUCGUCCGCGGACAGCCAACACUUCUUGCCGGCGUUCGGACCGCUGUUCAGCCAACUCGGCCACCACUCCCGCCCGCCCCGACUUUACCAGGAGGCCGACUACCUACCCGAGCUGACGCCGUACCUGCAGACGGCCGCGGCGUCCAACCAGGAGAGCGCCAUGUUGGGUUCCGGCAACUUCGGCGUCAUACCCGGUGGCACGUAUUACGCGGCCGGCGAGACAGCGGCCGCGUCCGACCCGUACCUGUACGACGGCAACAGUCACGGACGACCGCACCGGUACGUUCAGGGGCACCGAAUAAAUGGCAAUAGGUUUUCUGGAAAUCCUAGACCAUCAGCAUUCCGUGACCCAGAAGACUUUUUCGCAGGGUUCCGAGACUUUGCGGAUAUCACAGCUCCGACCAAGUCAUCAUUCUCACAAUACCAUAUGGUAUAUGCCCCUGUGGAGGAUUUGCCGUCCAGCGAAGAAAAGGUUAAGUCAAAAACCAAGAGGAAAUUAAACAAACAUUUAGAGAACGAAAAUGAUAAAACAAUUAAAGCUAAAAGGAAAAUGCAUGCGGGUGAAAAGGAAUUAUACGAACCUAUGAUUGCGCUAAGUUAGACAGUAUAAUAUAUAUGAGUUGUUAAGAUGUUAUUAUUGUUAUUAUUAUUUCGAAGUACAAAAUAUGGGAAUAUUUUUUUAUUGACUUUCAUAUAGUGGUAAAAAAAAUAAGAGCUCUAACCAGCAAAGUUCGUGAGCUCGAUAUUUCCAUCAUAUAAUUUUGUCAUUUAAAAUGUUUUAUUUUAUGGACCCAUCAAAAAAACAUUGAUUCCCAAUAUAAUAAUGUACUAUACUAUUAUUAUAUACUAUG